AUGAACUUUCCUCAGUCCCAAACCGAUAUCGAGUAUAUGUACACCCUUGGUACCUUGAUCCUCGUUGCUGGAGUACCUCCUCAGCAAUUCGCGGACUACCUUGUUGGGUUCAACCCGCAAGUUAUCAGUGUAUCCACCUUUCUCCUGGGCCCCUUCCCCACAGAGAUAAACCCUACCACUGUUAUCAUCCUUCUGGGGCCAGCGCUCGACUUAAUCUCCUCUUCGCUCCUAUCCAACCUUUCCCAAUUUUUACCCCAUUUUACAUCCCUUAUCAACAUCGAGAUCAGGAUCCACGACUCCGUUUGGUCACGUCGUCUGGUGGACAAGCUUCCGAUCUUUCCACCGAGCGUAAAAAACGCUAAAAUGCUUGUCUCAAACCUUCUCCCAAAUGGACCAGAGCUUGUUCGUAUUGUAUACAAUGCAAACGCCACUCCCUUCGCUACAACCUUCGCUGCUGCAUUUUACGGAAUGCACCUUGCCAUGAAAGGACAUCGAGCAUCAGAUCUAUCUUUUAUGCUCGCACUUCAUGAAGCUUUGGCAGCCGUCGAUCUUCAGGAGAACUGCGUUGUUGAAAUAGAGAUAUCCCAUGGACGAUCGAUGUUCUCGAGAGUGUCAGGCAGAUUGAGAGAUGUAUGCAAGGUCGUAGAAUGUGUUAUGGACACUGCCGCCACCCCAGAACUCGCAAGUAGACUGUACGCAGUGAAGUCGCUCGUCGUGGAUGUGCCGAUGCUUCAUCAUCGGGAUGAAUUUGGGCACUUUGUACACGCCGUGCACUCGAAGGCGCCGCGUCUGCAAAUACUGGAGGUCAACUUUCGCACGGUCAACUCUAUCGAAACGCAUGAGUGGAUGGGCAGUGUCCGAAUGCUAGACAGUCUCCGUGAACUAAUCCGCAUCGUCAUUGCCCAUCCUCAUCCAUUGGACCUGACCGAUGCCGAUGUGGCCCGCCUUCUCAGGUCUUGGCGAAAAGUUGAGCACGUUUCGCUCAACCCAAAGGCCUCAGGAGCCUUGAUAACCCAUCGCCAAGUCUUACUUACCAUAAACGCUCUCAGAAUUGCUGCCUUUCAGGCCCCGACUUCGUUGCGACAUUUGAGUCUUUUCUUGAAUGCAGAUGAAGAUUCUGUGCACGGGUUCAGUGGCCUUCAACCUCGAUACGACGUCGAGAAGAUUGAGCUUCGCCUCGCCACCCCUAGCACUCACCGUGCUCGUGUCGCAAUUAGGGUGGCGGAAACAUUGUUCCCGAAUGCUAAUAUCAAGGAGGUCUAG